AUGAGGGCCCCAAUAAUGAAAUCUCGGAAGAAGGUGGUAAAUUUAGAAGACGUAAUCAGGACGAAGCCCUUUCCACAUAUCCCCACAGUAUCAUCCUUAUAUACAGGUAUUCCAGAUGAUCCAUCUCCUCCUGAAGAGCCUGAUGUACUUCCUACAGUGCCCGAAGUUCCUGAGGAGCCUGAAGAGGAAGAGGAGGACGAGGAGGAGAACGAGGAGGACGAGGACGACGAAGACCCUACCUGCUGUCAAACAUUUCGCAUGAGAAGGUAGGGGGUAUA